UCGAGGCUGUGUACCAUUCAGGCUUUCAGCCAUCUCAGCGUUCGGCUUCAGCUUUCUCACGAAAAACAGAGAUUUUUACACGCACCGAGUGGGGGAGAGAACUAAAGCAAUGGAAUUGGGCUUUGAAGAGAAGGACUUCCUAGCAUGCUGCGGAAGCACCAAAUUCGCCAAGGAAAUGGCUUUGGCCUCCCCUUUCGCUUCACUGGAAGAAGCCGUCCGUGCCGCAAGAGACAUAUGGUUCAACAAGGUUGACGUUAAUGCUUGGCUCCAAGCUUUUUCCGCUCAUCCCCAGAUCGGUGAUUCCACCCCUACUUCCCACCACCACCGCACAAGUCCCACCAGCGCCCAGUGGAGCAAGGGAGAGCAAUCGACUGCUGUUGCAACUGCUACUAGUUCUACCUUACAGGAACUCUCCGAAUGGAAUGCUCGAUAUAGGGAAAAGUUUGGUUUUGUAUUUCUCAUAUGUGCAUCCGGGAGAACUUCUGAUGAAAUACUUGCAGAAUUGAAGAAUCGAUACCCAAAUAGGCCCAUAAUUGAGUUUGAGAUUGCUGCUCAGGAGCAAAUGAAAAUAACGGAACUACGCCUUGCAAAGCUCUUUUCAAGCAAAGCUAAAGAUACAAUUGACCAGUAUCCUGCAGUUGUUGCAAAGAAAGUAGAAGAAGAUCGUGUGAGCAUUAUUGGAGGCCAUUUAAAUGUCACUUCUGAAGCAACAGCUGUGAAAACAUUUCAAAUUCCAACUCGAACUCGUCCACCCAUUACAACUCAUGUCUUGGAUGUUUCCCGAGGGUGUCCAGCUGCUGGGAUUGAAGUACGAUUGGAAAUGUGGAAGGGCACUCAACCCCGUCCAUUAUUUGGUGAGACAGACAUCGGAGGUUGGAUCUUUCAAGGAUCUUCAACUACAGAUAAUGAUGGACGAAGUGGUCAAUUGACGAGCAUAGUUAAUGUAGUGGACCCUGGGAUAUACAGAAUAAGUUUCAACACUGGUAAGUACAACCCAGCUGGGUUCUUUCCUUAUGUUUCUGUUGUGUUUGAAAUCAGAGAGUCGCAGGGGAAGGAACAUUUUCAUGUUCCUCUGCUUCUUUCACCAUUCUCGUUCAGUACUUACCGUGGAAGCUAGAACUCUGUGGUAGAUCUGAAGGCAAAUAAUUUGGCCGUAUUUCUGCUGCAAGUUUCCUAGGAUGAAUAAAGUUGCGAGUAUUUAAAGACAGAACGUUUGAAUGGGAAACAAGGUUGAAAGAGUGUAAUGAUGAUAUCAAAAUGCUAUCUUGUCACUGUAAUGUUUGUGCUGAGUCAUUGAGAUGCAUGUAAAACAUGUUGAUUACUGUUACUGUAAUGUUGGUAUGCUAUGUCUCUGAAGAGCACGUAGAACGCUUGAAUAUAUGCGAAGUGAUACAUGUAAAGAGAGGAUAUAUGAAUAGUAGUGCUAGUGGUUUAGUGCAUUCAGGAA